GCGGAAGUGGGUGUGGCAGAGACGGGAGUCGAGGGGUCACGCAGAGACUAGCGGGGUGGCUACCCGGCAGUGGGAGCCGCUGGGCCGAGGCGAUGAUUCCUCCGCAGGAGGCGUCCGCCCGGCGGCGGGAGAUCGAGGACAAGCUGAAGCAGGAGGAGGAGACGCUGUCCUUCAUCCGAGACAGCCUGGAGAAGAGCGACCAGCUCACCAAAAACAUGGUGUCUAUCCUGUCAUCCUUUGAGAGCCGCCUUAUGAAGCUGGAGAACUCCAUCAUCCCUGUGCACAAGCAGACAGAGAACCUGCAGCGACUGCAGGAGAAUGUUGAGAAGACUCUCUCCUGCUUGGACCAUGUCAUCAGCUACUACCAUGUGGCCAGUGACACUGAGAAAAUCAUCAGGGAGGGCCCCACAGGCAGGCUGGAGGAGUACCUGGGGAGCAUGGCCAAGAUUCAGAAGGCCGUGGAGUACUUCCAGGACAAUAGCCCAGACAGCCCAGAGCUCAACAAAGUGAAGCUGCUGUUCGAGCGCGGAAAGGAGUCACUGGAGUCCGAGUUCCGCAGCCUGAUGACCAGGCACAGCAAGGUCGUGUCCCCUGUGCUCAUUCUGGAUCUGAUCAGUGGUGAGGAUGAGCUGGAGGUCCAGGAGGAGGUGCCGCUGGAGCACCUGCCCGAGGGAGUGCUCCAGGACGUGAUCCGCAUCUCCCGCUGGCUGGUGGAAUACGGCCGCAACCAAGAUUUCAUGAAUGUCUACUACCAGAUUCGCUCCAGCCAGCUAGACCGCUCCAUCAAGGGCCUGAAGGAACAUUUCCGGAAGAGCAGUUCUUCCUCUGGGGUUCCCUACUCCCCUGCUAUCCCCAACAAGAGGAAAGACACGCCCACCAAGAAGCCCAUCAAGAGGCCAGGGACGAUCCGUAAGGCUCAGAACCUUCUGAAACAGUAUUCCCAGCAUGGUCUAGAUGGGAAAAAGGGGGGCUCUAACCUCAUUCCUCUGGAAGGUCACGAGCAUGAUUUCCGAGUUAAGCACCUGUCCGAGGCCCUGAACGACAAGCACGGGCCGCUGGCUGGGAGAGAUGACACGCUGGACGUGGAGACCGACGCCUACAUUCACUGCGUCAGUGCCUUCGUCAGGCUGGCGCAGAGCGAGUACCAGCUGCUGAUGGACGUCAUCCCUGAGCACCAUCAGAAAAAGACCUUUGACUCCCUGAUCCAGGAUGCGCUGGACGGGCUGAUGCUCGAAGGGGAGAACAUCGUGUCUGCUGCCCGGAAGGCCAUCAUUAGGCACGACUUCUCUGCCGUGCUCACUGUCUUCCCCAUCCUGCGGCACCUCAAGCAGACCAAGCCUGAGUUUGACCAGGUGCUCCAGGGGACAGCUGCCAGCACCAAGAACAAGCUGCCCGGCCUCAUCACCUCCAUGGAGACUGUUGGAGCCAAGGCCCUGGAGGACUUUGCCGACAACAUCAAGAAUGAUCCGGACAAGGAAUACAACAUGCCCAAGGAUGGCACCGUGCAUGAGCUCACAAGCAACGCCAUCCUUUUCCUCCAGCAGCUCCUGGACUUCCAGGAGACGGCAGGGGCCAUGCUGGCCUCCCAAGAGACCAGCUCUUCUGCCACCAGCUACAGCUCCGAGUUCAGCAAGCGCCUGCUGAGCACGUAUAUCUGUAAGGUCCUGGGCAACCUGCAGCUGAACCUCCUGAGCAAGUCCAAGGUGUAUGAGGACCCGGCUCUGAGCGCCAUCUUCCUGCACAACAACUACAACUACAUCCUCAAGGCCUUGGAGAAGUCUGAGCUGAUCCAGCUGGUGGCCGUAACCCAGAAGACUGCUGAGCGUUCCUACCGGGAGCACAUUGAGCAGCAGAUCCAGACCUACCAGCGCAGCUGGUUAAAGGUGACUGACUACAUCGCUGAGAAGAAUCUACCUGUAUUCCAACCAGGAGUCAAGCUCAGGGACAAGGAGCGGCAGAUGAUCAAGGAGCGGUUCAAGGGUUUCAAUGAUGGCCUUGAGGAAUUGUGCAAGAUCCAGAAGGCCUGGGCUAUUCCUGACAUGGAACAGAGGGACAAGAUUCGCCAAGCUCAGAAAAACAUUGUCAGGGAGACCUACGGGGCCUUUCUGCACAGGUAUGGCAGCGUGCCCUUCACCAAGAACCCGGAGAAGUACAUCAAGUACCGCGUGGAACAGGUGGGCGACAUGAUCGAUCGCCUCUUUGACACGUCUGCCUGAGCCUGCUGCUGUCCCUGCCUGGUUCUGCCAGAUCAGCCAUGUUAUUGGACAGAUAAAUCAGUGUUAACUUGCCUCUGG